GGCUCAAGGGCGAAGGGCAGGAUGGAAGCACAUGAGCACAAGCUUCCUACGUGGACGCUCUUUUUGGCUGUGUGCGCAGCCGGAAUUGGAGGGACUUUUCAAUAUGGGUACAACGUCUCCAUCAUCAAUGCCCCCACCGAGCACAUCCACAAGUUCCUCAACGAAACCUGGCAGAGCCGCUACCAGGCCGAGCUCAGCUCCGGCAUGCUGACUCUCCUCUGGUCCACCAUCGCGUCCAUCUUUUCCCUGGGGGGGCUCUUUGGGGCGCACCUCGGUGGCAGCAUGGCCAUCUGGCUGGGGAGGAAAGGAGCCCUUCUGAUAAAUAACUUCAUUGCUCUCCUGGCUGCCCUCCUGAUGGGAGUCAGUUUCUCCACGGGACUCUACGAGCUGCUGAUCGUUGGGAGGUUUUUGAUUGGCGUGAACACAGGCAUCGGCCUCUGCGUGCAGCCUCUCUAUAUCGGGGAGUCCGCCCCCAAACACCUGCGAGGAGCCAUGGCCAUGGGCAGCUCCAUCUUCCUGACCGGGGGCAUCCUGACUGGGCAGGUGGUGGGCUUAAGGGAGUUGCUUGGUGGAGCCGCAUACUGGCAUUUCCUGCUCUCCAGCUGUUGCUUCCCGGCCUUCGUCCAACUCUUCACCCUUCCCUGGUUCCCAGAAAGCCCCCGCUUCCUUUUCCUUGACAGAGGGGACGAGAUGAAGUGCAUCAAAGCACUGAAGCGCUUCCACGGCCCUUUGCACUACCAGAUGGAGAUGGAGGACAUCCAGAAAGAGCACUGCGCCCUCCGUGGGCAGAAGGCCAGGAAGCCAUGGGAACUCUUCACGGACCGCAGCAUCAGAUGGCAGCUCAUCAUCAUCAUCUUCAUGACCAUGGGCCAGCAGCUCAGCGGGAUCAAUGCGAUUUACUUCUACGCAGGUUAUGUUUUUGAGGAAACUGGGAUCCCCCAAGAAAAGAUCCCCUACGUGACUUUAGGCACCGGGGCUUGCGAGUGCCUCACCGCCCUCACCUGUGGCUUGCUGAUCGAGUCCAUGGGCAGGAGGGCCCUCAUCCUAGGCGGCUACUCCCUCAUGACCUUGUGGUGCGCAGUGCUGACCUUUUCCCUGACGUACCAGGUGUACACGUGGGUGCCGUACCUGAGCAUGGCCUGCUUAUUUGCCUUCAUCUUGAGCUUUGGGCUCGGACCAGGUGGAGUGACAAACAUUUUGACAGCUGAAUUGUUUACUCAGACUUCGCGACCUGCCGCUUACAUGAUAGCCGGAUCGGUGAGCUGGCUGAGCUUCUUCACCAUUGGAAUGCUCUUCCCCUUUAUCGUGAAAGGCCUCAAGCAGUACUGCUUCAUCGUGUUUAUGUUCGAGUGCUGUUUGGUUGCCAUUUUCCUGUUUUUUGUCGUUCCGGAGACGAAGAACAAAACUUUCCUGGAAAUUAAGAGAGAAUUUCACAGGCUCAACUUUGGCAGAACCAAGGAGCAAGAUGGGGAAUUGUGUGAGAGGAGGCAUCUCAGCAAUGAGUUCUAGGGGGUGACGUUGGCCAGAGAAUGUAAAUGUUAACAGACUCUGUGAGCAGGCCAAGUAGGGUAUACUCCAAGGGCAAGGCCCUUCUGUGAGUCCUGCUGGCUACAGUGGCAAAUGACCCUUGCUGCAGGCCAGGGGGAUUUCAGACUUCCCGCCCCUUUCUUCUUCAAUAAAUUUUAUA